AUGAAGAUCCUCUGCCUCCAUGGACGAGGUAGUAAUAACGAAGUACGCAACAAUGUGGAAAGUACAUUCAAUUCCGCUUGCUGAGACUGACAACAGAUCUUUCGCAUGCAAACAGCUCCGAUUCGAGCCCAUCUAGAAGAUUUUGAAUUUGUCUUCAUCCAAGGAACGGUACGCCACACAGAAGGCAACUGGUCACUUCAUACUGCCGAUUUCUCUCAAUCGCCGCUUUACACGUACUACAACCCUCUGGACCCGGCGUCGAUAACUCAAACACAUUCGGAGCUGCAAGCCAUUCUGACCCAAGAAGGCCCUUUCGACGGCGUGUUUGGCUACUCCGGAGGUGCAGCGCUCGCGGCUGAAUUGAUCGUUGAUCAAGACCCAUUCGCUCUCGAGCCUGUCUUCAGAUUCGCUGUAUUUGUGAACGGGGCUUCACCUCUACGGGUUUUCAAUCUAGCAGACGUGGAAGUCUCGCGGGACACUUUCGAUCCCACCGCAGCAUUAGACCAGGCGAGAUCAAUGUUCCUUCGUCCUUCUGCGCUGAGGCACAAGGACGGAGUAAGUGAAGAAGAUCAAGCCAACCAUGCCAAGUUGCUGGGAUUGCUCGAGAAGCUUGAAGGAAAGAUGCUGGAAGACGGCACUGCUUUUCUGAGUGAUGGGACCCAUGGACUGACGCGGUGGGAAACGGGGACUGACGGGACGCCAUUGAUUGACAUACCGACUGUGCAUAUACGCAGUGCGGCAGAAGACGAGAAAGAUCCACAUCAUGGCCUGCAUCUUCUUGGACUGUGUAAUCAGGACGAGGCGGAAGACAUGCACCACGAGUUUGGACAUGAUUUUCCGCGCGGACGACUCCUGAUGAAGCAGAUCGCUGAUGUGAUCCGCGAGACUGCCGAAGCGUCAAAUAGGCUGUAA